AUGUCAUCAGUGUGUGACACACCCUUCCUAUUACAGCCCCAAUCAUCCUCUUCCAAGCUAUAUUCAACUGCUUCGCCAUACACUUCUGUUCUAGACACUCAGCACUUCAACGAAGUCAAUGCGCUCAGUCUUAUCAAUAGCAUCCGAUGUAUCUACCACGAUUUCCCGAUCCAAUUGCACACCGCUGAUAUCCUUGGCCUUCAUUACCGCAAGUGCAUUUCGUUUGACCCAGUAGACGCGGGAGAUGCGACAGCCGCAUACACAUUCUUAUCCGACUACUACAUGUCGUGUAUAGCAACAGUGGAUUGCGGUCAUACGAUAUCGGACAUCUUGUUGAUGGAGGCAUUGCGUACGCAGCUAUUCGAGAUCGAUACUCUCAGGCAGGUGAUUCUCAUGUUGAUAUAUCAGAUCACAGCGAUGCAGGAGGUCUUGGACAUUAGACACGAUGAUCUCCAUAUUCAAAACAUCGCAGUCAACUUCAGUCGCCGAGCAACCAAGUUACUGUCUAUAUCAUUCAACGGAAUCAGCCACACGUUCCUACUCAAGAACGCGCCCUCGGUGACGAUCAUUGAUUGGGGAAUAUACAGCCACACAUACACAUAUGGCGUCAACUUGGCGGCCAGAGGGGAUCAAUCGUCAGCAUUCAGCAAUGGACCUCACAACCAGAGACUACUUUCGCGCUCAUCACUCGAUAUUGGCUCCAAUAGUGCCACGCUCUGUCGACCAAUUGGCAUACUGUGUCGUAUGAAAGGAGAUUACGAUGGCCCAGUGCCUAAAACGUGUCUACUACAGAGGCUCAUUGACCAUGUCGGCCCCAAGAAUAGCACAUACGGACAACAGGUCUCAUUUCUUAAAGAGAUUUUGUUGAUGCGCACACUCACCGCACAGGGCAUCUUUUUCUCCAACAACAAAAUAUUCACUUCUUCAUCAUCCAACAACAACAUCUAUUACGCCAAAUCAACACAUUAUAACCAUCCACUCAUACACAAGUUCAAGGCCGAUCAGCCAACUGUCGCGAGAUCCGACAUCAUAUGCAGACUGCAACACGCAUACAGCUACUACUAUGCGUCAUUCAACAUGAACCAACUAUCGCCUUUAAGAGAGACACCCGACAUACACACAGACAUCCCACUGCUGUCACCCAUCCAGCCAUAUAUUCACAGCAUUGACGAAGGAGAUGGUGGUGAUGGUGAAGAGGACACACACACACACCACAAUGGCGACAACAAGAAGUGGCCAUCUUGGAUCACUCGUGUCGACCAACAAUGGAUCUCCAAUGCGAAGAAAACCACAAAAGACAUAGCACUGAAGGACAUUCUCACUGCAUUGCAGAGCCACACAAAUCGCGAGGCAGCAUGUAUUGAGAUCGCAACCAAAGCGACACUGGACUCAGUGACGGUGCCAACCAAACUGCAGACGAAGUUUUCGGAGAAAUGGAGCGCACACAAUGUCUUAUCAUCUUUGUCUAAUCCACAUCGUUACCCAGACUCUCCGCCGACAUCCUCGUAUCCACACAUGCCAUCGCGAAUCAUAGACACUCCUACUCCUUCGUCCCCAUCCCCGCUCACACCAUUUCAUUCCGAAAGUGCCCAAACACAACAGGUGACAGGGGAUGGAUGUGAUCAUUAUGGCUAUAUCUAUGACGACCUUGGAUCACCAGGCCUAUACGUAAACGUCUCCCAAGAUGAACGUGUGACCCUUUUCUGCAAGGGUAAUAUUGGGCCAAAUACGAUCGUGACAUCGUACUACACUCAGCUGGAGACAGAGUACCUCUCAGAGCACACCCACGUCCCUGCAAUGGAUAUACUGGCGCACGUUUAUGGCGAUGUUGUGCGCCGUAAACAUCUUAAGCCCCUCCCAGUUCCAUAUGUCGGCGUGGGUAACCAGGCCAACAUCAGUUCUCAUCACUUUAACUGCAAACUGCUUCCGAAGUCACUUCUUACACAUAACAUGUCCUCUUUAAUAAUGUCACACACGUCUUUAGGAUACUUCAACAGUGUUUAUGACAAGCAGACAUUGUACCUUGUAUCCACAGCAUCUAUCCCCGCCAAUACCGAGAUUGUCAUUAAAGAGCGGUGA